CUAAACAAAACGUCACGACUUUCCACAGCCUCCCCAAAUCUUCCUUCCUAUAGUCAAUUUCUCUAUACAAGUAUAUAUCUUGGGAUUUAUUUACACCAAACUGCCCCCUCCAUCUCAACACUUCUUCACAGACAAACCUCUUUCAAGAAAUUUCCAAACUGUCUUCUCAAACUCAACACCGUCGCCCCCAUUCCACUUCACCUACCGCAAUCCUCACAACCACAGCCAUCUUCCUCCUGGCAUUCCUCUUCUCGACCAUGACCUCUACCAUGCCCGGCUUCUUAGCCCGCCUGACCCGCCCCUUUACCAGCGCCUCCUUCCUCGGCGUCGCCACAGAGAACGGCGUCGGUGCCACCUCGGCUCACAUCCCGGAAGGCGCGCAAAAGGCUACCAUCGCCGCGGGCUGCUUCUGGGGCGUCGAGCACAUCUACCGGAAGCACUUUGCGGACAAGGGGCUGUAUGAUGCGCGCGUGGGCUACAUUGGUGGUGACACCAAGAGCCCGAGUUACCGGGCAGUCUGCACAGGCGAGACGGGGCACGCCGAGGCGACGCAGCUGAUCUACGACCCCACCAAGAUCACGUACGCCCAGCUCCUCGAGUUCUUCUACCGCAUGCACGACCCGACCACCAAGAACAGACAGGGCAACGACCGCGGGACCCAGUACCGCUCUGGCAUCUUCUACCACGACGCCGAGCAGAAGAGGGUUGCAGAGGAGAUCACCGCCAAGGUCAAUGAGCAGUGGUACAGCGGCAAGGUGGCGACCGAGGUCAUCGAGGCGGGGCAGUGGUGGGAUGCUGAGGACUAUCACCAGCUGUACCUGGACAAGAACCCCUCGGGCUAUCAGUGUGCCAGCCAUUAUGUUAGGGAAUUUCCCUCUCUGAAAUAGUCGAGAGUGCCGAAACAUAAGAGGUAUUAGGCGUGAAAAAAACACGGUGCCGUGGGCAAACCGUACGAUAACAUCAUGUGUACAGAUACAGCUGUGGAGAUAUGAGGAAGCCUGGAUGAUUGGAUAUUCUUCUUUUUUAUUUUGUUUUUACAAUUUGAUUUGAGAGCUAUGCGCAAAAACGCCAGACUGAUUGACCUGGCC